AUGCCUGUAUCCGAGCUCAAUCUGCAGGUGAACAUCUCCGUGGGCGGUGUCCCAUUUAAGCAGGAUAAGCAUCUCAUGUUCAUCUUCUGGGGCAUCAUCUUACCAGUGAUUGGCAGUUUUGGAUUGAUCGGGAACAUGCUUAACAUUAUUGUCCUAUUUCGGAGGGAAAUGAAGUCCACGACAGUGUAUUUCUUACGAACUCUUGUCCUUACAGACACGGGUAUUAUUGUCGGAUGUAUCCUUGGAUUAUCCAGUAUCUCCAUAACGCAGCUCCAUCCAGAUAAUCCAGCAAUGAACUACUACACUCACGUCAUUUACCCGCACAUGUACACACCCAUCAAUUUCAUUGUUAUGGCGCUGCAAUUCACCAACGUGUGGGUGACUGUGGCUGUUACCAUUGAACGUUACAUUGCUAUAUGCCACCCGUUCAGUGCCGACUUUGUCCGCAAUAAAAGAAAUACUUUCAUUCUGAUCGGUUGUAUUUGUGUUAUUGCCAUUGCAUAUAACAUACCCCGAUGCUUUGCUACCAAAGUCACGGAAUGUGAUAAUAGAACUGAGUGUGUCACGUCAUGCGUUGGCAAUAGAAGUGAGUGUCGUUCUGGUGCCAUGCCCAAUGUCACGGAAUACAUCGGGUGUGGUAUCCACAAGGGGCUCGAUGAACGGACAGCCAACGCCAACAUCGCUGGAUAG